CUUCUGUUGUGAAUUUCUCCGAGUAUCUUGUGAUCGUGAAUUACUCCUCAAAGUCGGCAUGACUUCACUAUAUAAUAACUUGAAGUUGAUGAUCUCGUAAUGUCCUGCGGGCUGACACGACGAUGGCGUCCUUUACGAAUAUCUUUUUGUUGCCUUUGUUUACUUUGCUAGGUCUUGUCAACUUUGCUACGACGCAGAUUUUGUCGCCUCGUGGAGUUGGUGGCCAGACGUGUGUGAUAUCGCCUCUUGGAGGUGGACAGGAUGAUACGGACCAGGUGCUUAAUGCAAUUGAGAAAUGUGGCACGAAUGGUCAUGUUGUACUGCAACAUGGGGAAUUCAAUAUCACUAAGAAGAUGACAUGGAAUUUGACAAACUCACAAGUGGAUCUAUUCGGAGUGCUAAGUUUCGUCCCCGACGUCGAAUAUUGGCUUAACCCCAACAACACAUAUCGCGUUGUUUUCAUCCAGAGCCAAGCAUCCUGGUUCGUUGUCUCGGGGAACAACUUCGUCAUCGACGCAUACGGUAUAGGUGGGAUAAACGGGAACGGGCAGCCAUGGUGGGACUACUUCACCUCCCACACCCGUCAAGACGGCGACGGCCGUCCACUCUCCCUCACCCUCUUCCAAUCCACCCACGCACAAAUCCGCAACUUCCAUAUUCAUUCUCCACCCUUUUGGUGUAAUACCGUGGCGAUGUCGAAGGAUGUGGUGUAUGAUGGGAUGGUGUGUAAUGCUACGAAUGGGAAUCCGGAGUUUUUGGGUCAGAAUAUUGUGCCGAAUACGGAUGGAAUCAACACGUACAGAUCAGAUAACAUCAAGCUCUUCAACUGGGACGUGACAUGUGGAGACGAUUGUCUCGCAGUAAAAGGUAAUACGACUGACCUCCAUGUGAAGAACUAUACGUGUCGUGGCGGUAACGGUGUUGCAUUUGGGUCGUUGGGACAAUACGUUGGUAUGAAUGAUAUCGUGGAAAACGUCAUGCUUGAGGAUUUCACGCUGAUGAGGAUUAACUCGAGUAUCCAACCAAACAUGAACAACGGGGUGUAUUUCAAGUCGUGGACAGGAACCGUGAACGGAGAACCUCCGAGUGGUGGAGGUGGCGGGGGCGGUACGUCCAACAAUGUAACGAUGAAGAACUUUUCAUUGGACCAAGUAGACUUGCCAACGCACUUGUAUCAGACUAAUGGAGGGCAUUCGGGCGAUACACCCUCGUUCCUCCAAUUCGGCGACCUGCACUAUGCAGACUGGGCAGGGACGUCAACGUCAAAUAGACUGGUCGACAUAGAGUGCAGCGCAAACGCACCUUGUCCGGACAUCACGUUCCAAGACUUCUCCAUCUCUACGCCGAACGACCAGUCUCCGCAGUUCAUUUGUGAUAAUGUGGAGAGUAUAUCUGGGCUUCCAGGUGCAUACAUUUAG